UCAUGAAGCUGGUGUACAGUGCAGAAAAGCGAAAUAUAUUUACCAUGAAAUGGCGAUGGAAUAGUCAAUUUUCAAAGUAAUUUUUUGAUAUUUCUAACGAAAGAAGAAACAAGAUGCCUAAAAAGACAAAGAAAGGAGGAAAGGGAAAAGGCAAAGGAAAGGGGAAGAAAGGGAAAAAAGGAUCUAAAGAUGCCUCAAAGAAGUUCUCUGAUGGAGCCCUGGCCCAAGCUAACACGAGACUAUGGGAGUCCAGACUAGUAGCAACAGAGAAUGCCAGGCAAGAGUUCCGUGAAGAGGCCAAGAGGCUGGCGCUGGAGAAUGAAUCGCUCCAGAAGAACAUGCAUGUCUCUGAAAGGGAUACCAUUGAAGUCAUCACCUAUCUCAAGAAGGAAGACCAAACAAAGGAAGAUUUGAUUUCAAAGUUACAGAAGCAGUUGAAAGACACACGAAGAGAAUCAAGGAAAGAGAAACAACAAAUAAUCGAGGACUUCACAGAGAGGUUUCAUCAGCUGGAGCAGGCUCUAACAGAUAAGACUGAAGAGGUCAAGAUGAUGCAGAGUGAACUCAAACUGGUCAAAGAGUUUAGGAGAAAGAGAGGGCAGAUGCAGAAAGAACUUGAUGAGAUCAAAGAAGAGAUGUUCCUAACCAACAAGGAACAUCAAGGACAGCUUCAGAGGAUGGAGCAUAAAUUCUUUGAGGAGAAGAUCCGUCUCCAGCAGGAGGCCAGUCAGAAGAUUGCUGAGCUGGCCGAGAGAGCUCACACUGAGGCUAUCAGCAACCUGGAUGAAACCACUCGGUCAGUGUACAAGGAGAACGUUCGUCUGACUGAAGCACUCAACUACCAUGUGAAGGAAGCGGAUGAGCUGAGAGCAGAGAAAGAUAAAUUACUGAAGGAGAACAGUCAGAUUAAAGGAGAUAGGGAGCUUCAAGAUCAACUCAUUCAGGAGAAAGUUAUUAGCAGCAAGAAACAAAAGAAACAAAUUAACGAGCUUCAGGAGAAAGUUCAGAGUUUGGAGACAUCCUUGAGUCAUGUUGUGAAAGAGUUUGAGAGAGAACAGAAGUCUGGUCAGCAGAUGGCGGGCAUAGAGGCACAGUCCAGCAAGGUGGAGAUAGCUAAACUCAUGAGGACGGUUGAUAUGCAGACCAAGGAGAUGAACAAAGUCAAGAAGCUGGCCAAGACUAUCCUUGAUCAGAGAACUGAAAUGGAGCAGUUUUUCUUGGACUCCCUUGAGAUGGUGAAGAAAGAGAUUGUAGUAAACCAAGCCAAGUAUCUCCGUGAUGCAGCAGUAGCAUACCAGAAGAAGAUGUUAGAUGCUCACGCCGGCAAGAAGAACCAUCCACGCAUCAGGACGUUCAAUCAAGCAGACAACAGCACUAACAGUGUGUAUGCGGAUCUCAAGGCUGCCGAGACAUGGUCUGGGCUCGGAACCAAGUUAGACAUCAGUGAGCUAACCUGGGAGCAGAGAGAACGCAUUCUGAGGUUACUCUUUGCAAAGAUGAACGGAGCCAAGACCACUCAGAGGCCAGUCCUGGACCUGAAACCUACAGGAACACAACGGAGACCCCAAGUCUCUGUUCCAAACAAGCACAUGUCCACUCUUGCCAUCGAAGCCCCACCUGAGAGUGACGAGGCGGAUCAGACGUUCCUCACCCAGGCCGAGUUAGACCCGUCCACACAGCUACCUGCUGUCCAUCAAUCAUCAUCCAUUGUGGCCAUGUGAACAUGCCCCCAAGAUAUCCAGCUACAAUUGAACCCGCCCUGUUUGGAUUUAGCUUAAAGACGUCCUCUAAAGUGUCUCGAUGUGAACAAGUCAUGAAUGCAAGAUAGCCUGGCCCAUUUUGAUUUAGCUUUAAGCCAAUCUCUUAAGUGUUUGGAUGUAAACACUGCCUAGUACCAAUUUUGCAAAUGUAGACUUUCAACAUAAGAUACAUUUAUAAUUCCGUCCUAUCUUCAUUCUGAUGAGUGCCAAGUGUUUAAGUUGGUAAUCAUACAUUGAUUUAAUCAGCACUGCAGAAUCAAUUUAGUUUCAUUGUAUGAACAGUGCCUUUGAGUUUCUAUCCAUGAUAGACUCUAAUACGCAACUAUCUGAGCGUCAGUGUUUACAGUGCCUAAUUCAUAUCUGAAAGAUAUUCUUAUCUUGUUACUUUUAAAGUUGCACAUCUUAGCCUAUCGAUAAGAGCUUCAAAGUCAUGACAAUAAGUUCUAUAUUUAAAUAGCAACUUUGUAAAUAUGAAUAUGUAUAAUAUUUAUGUAUAUAUAUAUAUACAUGUGUACAUCUAAAUGCCAAUCUCUAUGAACAAAAAGCUUUUUAUCAGUGGUGAGUGAUUCUAGAAUAACGACAAAAAAAUUAGGAAGUUAGAUGAACAAAUUAAAAUUUUGGUCAGACUGUUUCUCUAUUCUCUAGAUGCAAUAAUAAAUUAUGGUGAUUGAUAUAAAUUGUAAAAUACUUCAUGUUGUUAAUGAAAAAUGGUUAUUUAGAUGGUUUUCAAAAUGAUUACUUGCAAGAGAGGUAAUCCAAAUAAAUUUGCAGUGUAGCUGUUAA